CUGUAGCCGUAGCUCAUUUGCUUACGCGCUGAAUUUGUUUUGUUUGGAUUGGAUCGUGAAGUCUGCUAUGAAAUUAUUUUUGGUUUGUUGGUAAUUCAAUAUGAAAUUUUGCUAUCUAAGGGAAUUAAAGUAGCUUUUAUUUUAUACACGUUUUUGUCAUAACAUUGUUCUUAAGAUAAUUUUUUUAUCGUCAUUUUUUUAUUUCAAGAGUUUUUUUCAACUUUGAAAAAUUAACAUUACGAAAUGGAUGACUUGUCUAUGAGAUUUGCUCAUUCUAAUGGCUUUACAGAUGUUUGUUUCGAAGACACUGGAAAUUACAUUAUCUCAUGUGGGAAUGAUGGAGAUAUACGAGUGUAUAAUGGUUUUGAAGAUGGUGAUCCUGAAACCUAUGCUUUAGGCAAAAAUGUUUCUUCUGUGGCAUUUUCAAAUGAUGUUCUUUAUGCAGCAAUCAAUGGAAAAUUUACAGUAUCAGCAUAUUCUUUUCCUUCCAUAGAGUUUGAACAAAUCAUAGCUCAGUUUAAUACUAUAGUGUAUCAUGUGGUGUGCAGCAAGAAUGGCAAUUUAGUAGCAUCUGGUGGAGGAGAUUUUAUUGUAAAGGUAUAUGAUACAUCUAACAAGACAUUAACUGCAUUUAGAGAUCAUACUGGUCCUAUUUUGAGUUUAGCUGUUGAUCCCAGGGAAACAUUUUUGGGAUCUUCUAGUUGUGACGGCACUGUUAGAAUAUGGCACGUAGCUGAACAAAAAUGCUUAAAAAUCUUAAACAUACUAAAAAAAAGUAAUGAUUUGUGCACCACAUCUAGUUUAUAUCGAAUGGAUUGGAGUCCAGAUGGACAGUAUCUGGCAAUACCAGUUGACACCGAAAUUAAAUUCUAUCAACGAGAGUCAUGGGAUGUAAGUUUUACUUUGACAGACAAGUGCAUGCUAAAGGAUAUAUCGAUUGUUACAUUUUCUCCAUUUGGAAACUACAUUGCUGCUGCUGCAAUUAAUGGUCAAUUGGCUGUGUGGGAUACAAAGAGUAAAAAAUGUGUUUCCAGAAAACCUCAUGAGAAUGAAGUAGCUGUUACUGCUCUUAAGUGGAAUCCCUCUGGUCAAGACCUAGUGUUUUGUGAUGUCGAAGGACAGAUGGGUAUUUACACUUGUCCAUUGACAUCUAGCCAGGAAAUUACAGAUGAUGUUUCUCAUGCAUCUCAUAGUAUGCUGGAUUCAUUUGCUGCUGAAGACAAUGACAUUGAAGAUGAUAACAGUGAAAAUGCUUUUGAUAUUGGUGCAAUCAAAGCUUCUUUAGAUUCAAAAAUCUUUAAUGAAGAAUCAGCAAUGGAGACAGCGUCAGUUAAAAGUGAAAUCAUUGAGCCUAAAAUACAAGUUGUAGAAGCUCCUAAAGCUCCUGUCCAAGCAGCUUUUCAGCCUAGUUCAACACCAAUUAAUUUAGAACAUAGAUUUAUGUUGUGGAACAAUGUUGGUAUUGUUCGUUGUUAUAACACUGAGGAAGAAAAUUCAAUUGAUGUGGAAUUCCAUGAUGCAAGUGUGUAUCAUCCUCUACAUUUAACCAAUACUCGAAACCACACCUUAGCUGCUCUUUCAUCUGAGGCCUUAUUGUUAGGAUGUCCUAAGCAAGAUGAAAACACAAGUAGCAAAUUGGAAUGUCUGCAUUUCAGUACUUGGGAUUCUAAUAAAGAAUGGAUAGUGGAAAUGCCAGAGACUGAAGAAAUAGAGGCAAUAACUCUAGGUGAAGGCUUUGCUGCUUGUGUUACUGAUAAAAGAUUUGUGCGCUUAUUUUCAAUCAGUGGAGUUCAAUGUGAAGUAUUUUCAAUACCUGGUCCUGUUGUUUGUUGUGCUGCAAAAAGUAAUCAACUUCUUAUAGUUUAUCACAAGGGAACUGGUAUUUCUGGAGAUCAAAACUUAGGCAUCAUGAUUGUGAAGGUUAAUCUAGGAAUUCAGUGCUCAAUGAAAGAAUGUUUCAUUCCACUUAAUUCUAAAGCAUUUUUAAGUUGGCUUGGUUUUUCAGAUGAAGGUCAUCCUUGUAUUGUGGAUACAUCAGGUGUUAUACAACUUUUAAAUGUAUCAUGUGGGUCUAAAUGGAUUCCCAUUGCUAACACAACUUUAAAUAUUAAGAACAAGUCUGAUACAUGUUUUGUGGUAGGAUUAUCAGAAAUAAAACAAGAAGUAAGAUAUAUUCUGUGUAAAGGAUCUCGGUAUCCUGCUCUUUUACCUAGACCUACCAUUUCUGUAUUAUCGUUCAUUUUGCCUUUUUGUGAAAUGUCUUCAGAUAAAGGGAAACUUGAAGAAGAAAAUCAAAGAUAUGCUUUAGCUCAUAGGUGUCUAGAUUCCUUAUUAAAAGAAGGUUAUGAGGUUGAUUCUGAAUUCCAAAGUGUUGAGAAGAAGUGGAUGGAUGCUUUAUUAAAAUUGUUUGCCUUAGCCACAAGAUCUGAUCGUGAAUACAGAGCACUGGAUGUUGCCGAGUUGAUGCCUAAUCCUGCUGUGAUCCAAGGAGCUAUUCGAUAUGCCACUCAAAGACACCGUAUUGCUCUUGCUGAGAGGUUGGGUGAAGUAAUGAAUAAAAAGUUAAAUCAAGAGGAUGAAACUAUUGAGGAGGAAUUAGAUUUAUUACCUUCCGAAGAAUUUUCAGAAUCACUUAUUGCUGAUAAGUCUGCGAUGGAAAAUUUUAAUAACUCUAUUGCUAAAGAGGAUUCAGUUUUGAAACCAAAAUCAUUGUCCCGAAUAAAAAAUCAAAUUGAAAAAAAUAGUGAAAGUUUCGAAGACACUGUUGAUAUUACUGCUAAUGCAUCAAUACCCAGCAACAACCUGUUUAUUGCCUCUAAGUCUUCUCCUUCAUCUAAUCCCUUUAAGAGUAACUCUAAAUCACAAGCGAAAAAAGAAGAGAACAGUAAUUUGAAUGGUAUUGAUGAUCUUCUAAAUAAUAGUAUGAAAAGUGUCACUUCAAAGUCUUCUAACUCGACCCUUGAGGAAAAGCCCAAAAAAUCAAGAUUUGACAUCACUAAAAAAGCAUCACCAAAUAAUGCAGAAAAAAAGAAAACUGGUUUUAAUCUAUAUUUUGAAGAAAAUGUUGAUGAAAUUAAAGCUUCUGAAGCUCCAGAUAUAAGUGAAAAAGAAAUUGUUCAAAUUGCUAUGAAGCUUUAUAGAGCAUUGCCUCAGUCUGAGAAGCAGAAAUACAUGAAGCCUUCUACAGCAAGUAAAUCUACUAGUGAACAAAGUAAUAUUAGUGCUGAAACUAAAGAAAAUUUUUCCAAGAUUCAAAACGUUGAUAAAGACUCUGCACCAAAAAGGAAAGAAUCCUCUCUAGAAUCUGAAGAUACACCAAAAUCUAAAAAGGUUAAAACUAAUUCAUCCAAACCUGCAGAUUCAACAUUGAGAAAAUUAACACAAUAUGCCUUUACAAAAACUCAAAAAUGACUUAUGGGUCUUUAAUUAUAUUUAGCUAUUUAUUUUUAUAUUCAUGAAUAU